AUGGCUCUAAUGGAGUGGCACGACGUUCCUGUUCUAGCAGAUGAGUAUGAUUCAGACGGUGAAUCUCGACGGGAGAGAAACAAUUACGAAAUCGAAAAAGAUAUUUUCGGGUUUGAAGAUGAACCUCGAGUUCGACAUAAUAAGUAUCCAGAUACAGAGAGUGAUGUAGACGAGGAGGAAGAAGAUGAGCAUGGGCAAAGAAACCCUAAGAGGAGUGAGCCGAAGAGAGGUGCUGGAAACUUGUUUGAGGGACAACAAUUUAUCAAUGGUGUUGCAUUCAAAGAGGCUGUCUUAGACCAUGCACUGAAAACUGCUCGGAAUAUCAAGCAAUGCAGGUAUGAUAAAGAUAGAAUCGCUUUUACUUGUGGAGGCAAAAAUUGCAAAUGGUAUAUCUAUUGCUCUGUCUCGGGGAAAACUAGCAAGUGGCAAGUUAAAGUCCAUAGGGAUCGUCAUCUUUGUGAUGUGAAUGGAGAGUGUGAGAUGUUAAAAGUUCCUGUGAUUGCACGGUUGUUUCUGCAUAAGAUUUGA